AUGACUGUAAUUGCAAAUACGACAAAAGACUCUCAUGGCGGAAAAGAGCACGGAGCGACAGGGACAGUGAUAUUAUUUUUAUCGUUUGCUGUCUUAGCUGGAUGUUUAUGCAAAUUAAUUCUUUCUCAAAUAUUAAAAAACAAAUUUCCUGCACCAUUUACAGUCAUCGUUCUUAUAUUCGGAUUUACAAUUGGCAUAAUCGUGUCUUAUAUUCCUGUGAUGAACAAUGAUUUUCUACUCGGCGAAAACGAAUUGAAAAAUAUCAAUCCCCACUUGAUUUACUACAUUUUCUUGCCUUUGCUCAUAUUUGAUUCAGCUUUCAACAGUCGUUUUCAUGUUAUUCGACCACAUAUCGUAUCCGCAAUACUUCUCGCGGGUCCCGGUGUACUCAUAUCGAUAGCCGUUGUUUCCACAUUCGCCGUCUUUGUGUUUUCUUACCAAUGGUCAUGGUUAGUCAGUAUAAUGUUUGGAAGUAUAUUAAGUGCAACGGAUCCUGUCGCCGUUGUUGCAUUAUUACAUGAGUCCGGGGCGAGUAAAUCAUUGGCUGCACUGAUUGAUCUUGAAUCGCUAUUAAACGACGGAUCUGCCUUUGUUAUAUUUAUGGUAUUUCGGGACAUAAUUGUCGGUGGAAGUGACAGCGCUAAGAAAAUAAUCGUCGAUAUUGCCAAGUUUACUAUUGGAGGCCCGCUGUUCGGUAUAGUCUGUGGUAUUGCUGCGGUGAUUUUCUUCAAUCUAGUUCAUAACGAACUUGAAGUGGAAAUAAUCUCGACAUUCGGCCUUGCUUAUCUGGUUUUUUACGUGGCAGAUGUUGAACUCGGCGUUUCAGCUGUAUUAGCCUUGGUAGUCAUGGGACUUUUCAUGGCCAAGAACAAAUAUUGCAUUAGUAGUCACGUUCAAAUCUCAAUGAGCAAUACUUGGAGGAUUAUCAUCGAUUUUGCCAAUAUUCUCAUAUUUAUCAUAACCGGAAUUAUUUUAGCUCAUUCACUCAUCGGUACAAAAGCAACUAUAGUUGCAUACGACUUCGGAUAUUCAAUACUAUUGUACAUUGUCCUCCAUCUGGGUCGCAUGCUAUCCGUCGUUAUCUUCUAUCCAUUGAUGCGUUGGAGUGGUGUACGUUUUUCCUGGAAAGAACAUCUGGUUCUAGUUUGGAGUGGUUUACGAGGAAGCAUGUCGGUUAUUUUGGCUCUUAUGGUCGAUUCUGACGAGCGAAUCGAUUUGGAAACGCGACAUCGUUAUCUCUUUCAUAUCUGCAUGAUAUCUCUUCUCACGUUGAUUAUCAAUGGAACAAGCAGCAAAUUCUUAGUGCGAGCCCUUGGCUUAGAUCAUGGUACGCCGGAAAGUGAACGCAUUCUAUUACAAGCCCUUGAACAUAUGCGUCGAUUGACAGCAAAUCAACUGCAUCGAAUGAAACAAGAAAAACAGUUUUCAGAUGUUGAUUGGCACAUGCUCGAUGAGUAUUUACCGGAAAAAUUAGUUCAAGAGAUGGAUGCCGAACGGCAAACAAGUGUUCAUCGACGAUUGUCCCUCCUAUCAGAUUUCGAUCCAAAUUCUUUAUUGACUUCUGUUCAACACCAUUCGAUCGUCCCUACUGAGUUACAGCAAGUUCCAAGUAUAUGUGAGACCGAUAAUAUUCCGAUCAAUGUUGCGCCCGAAGACAAGAAUCCAACGAUUAAACAUCUCGUCUUGCCACUGUUCGGUUUCCUUGGGGAUGAGAAGAAAGAAAAUGUACGUUUCCGGGACGAAUUGACCAAUCGCUUCCUAACAGCAUUCUUAGUCGACUAUGAAAAGCAAUGGUAUCGAGGAAUGAUCCGUCGACGCACACUCUAUAUCUUAAUUAAAUCAGUUGAAAAAGCUAAACAUCAACAUUCAUUAAAGCUUCAUUGGGAUCUGAUUGUUGAACAUUUUCGAUUGUCGAAAUGGUUGAGAACUCUCAUACGAUUCGAUUGUGUUGAUUAUAUUACAAAUCAAUCAAACAAACUUCUCUUCGAUCAUAUUUUUCUCACAAUCGAACUAGUUCUCGCUUUCCAUUCAGUACGAACUCGUAUGAAUAAAAUUCAGCAAGAAUUUCCUGAACUGGCAAACAUUGAUAGAAAUAUUUGGAACAAAGUUUGUGAAGAAACGCAUUUCUACCACAUGACCGCCUCUUACAUUCUUCUUGAUCUGCAGCAAUCCUAUGGACUCUGUUGGCAGAUCCAUAUGACGAAACGUUGUGCGCAAAUAUUACUGAAAUAUGAAUCGAAAAUGAUCACUCAACUGUAUGAAACUGGAAUGCUUGGUCACACUGUUUAUUCACAUAUUUCUGAAUUAAUCGAAAAGAAAUCAUUGAAACUGGAAUAUUAUCGUGUAUCCAUACCUAAAGGUACUUCGCAACCGAUCGAAGAUGCAUUCAACCUAUUGCCACUGUUCCAAUCAUUGCCAAGUGAAGAAAAAGCACGUUGGGAAAGGAUUCUUAGAACCAAACGCCGAUGGUUUCAACCAAACAAAGUUCUUCUAAAAAAAGAUAAAACUGUAUCGACAGCGUAUCUUAUCGUUCGCGGCAUUGUCGAAUGCAAUAUCGACUCGGUGCCUAUCUAUUAUCGAUCGGGUAACAUUGUCGGUAUCGAUGCCCUAUUCUCACAAGAUAAUCUAUCGAACGGAACUUAUUUUGUUAGUGGUGGACUUCUAGAAGCUUACGUUAUCGAUAACCNGCAAGCGAUCUACUUAUCAUCAGUGUAUUUACAUUUACUUAACUAUUCAUUUUUACUACAAGCAUUCUAUCGAUAUGUCACAGUUGUCUAUCCAACACGUCUGUUCUGGCAAAGAAAACGAAAUCAACUAUUCUUCGUUGGUAUCACAUGGUCAUAUGCACUGUUAUUUCCACUGGUCUUCGUAUUCACUGGUCAGAUUGUAUACAACGCUGACAAUCAGAUAUGUCAAAUACCACUCAAGCUCUCAGUUUCAAUUAUAUUGGCAGCACUCUGUGUUUAUUUCAUUCCUGUUGUAAUGACAGUUAUAAUCUAUUGGAAAUUAGUUCACUAUGUUCAUGAAAUGAAUCAGCGUACAACGUCUGUGAACAGGAUCACACGUGCACAACGAGAACUGAAGAUGUUUCGUCGUACUGUGACACUUUUGAUGAUACUAUUCGUUAUCGAUUUCCCUUAUGCAUUGUUCAUAUUUAUGUCAUUUUUGAAUCGUGCACCACAAUAUCAUUUUCGUAUUGCAUAUAUAUUUAUUGACAUUGCCUUGGCGUGUGUGAUGGUCGCACUGUUUCAAUUUACUGAUCCAUUGAAACAAUCGAUUAAACAACAUCUUUGUCUGUGA